AUGUCUUCCUCCGAGCCUCUCCACACUUACCACCGUCGCUCCAAAUCAAAAUCCACUGACAGGGUGGAUUUCAAUCCGUCAAUUCCUAGGGUUCCUCGAACCCGUUCUUCUUCCUCUGUUCCUGUUGGCGAUUCUUCUCCUUUUGUGUCUAAUGAGGCUGCCUCCUUCUUUAAUGAGGUUGUCUCAAAGAGAAAAUUCAUUCCUGAGAGGACUUACCAGUUUGAUGCAGUUCCCUUGGCGGCUCAGGAGUCUGCAAAUCAGAUUUUGGAGCACUACCACCUUCAAGCCCUAAAUUCUCUCUCUAGUAAGUUUAACAUCCCUGUUGUUCAAGAAUUUUACUCUAACUUUCCUGCUGACCCUAAGGAGUCCAAGUAUCAGAUUUUGGUUAGGUCAGUACCCAUUACUCUGAAACCAUCUGUUAUCAAUCGGGUCUUAGGUCUGCCUAUCAAGUCUUACCUGUCCCCUUUUUAUAAAUUUUUGUGGGAUUUUAUCCGUCAUAAUGUUCUCCCCACUGGGAACAAUUCUAAUCCCACUCUUGCUGCCUGCCAACUCAUGAUAUCCAUGGUGAAUCAUGAUAAAAUUCCCCUUGGUGAUAUCCUAUAUAAUGCCAUUCUUGGGAAAACCAUUGGUCAUGUGGCAUCCCCCCAUGGUCCUUAUGGCAAGGCCUCUGCUGCCCUUAGCCAGAGAGUUUCCAGGACCUUUCUCACUUCUGUGUCGUCUUCCUCUGAGAAUGCCUCUCUCAGAGCUCAGCUGGCUGCCAAGGAGGAGUAUAUCCAACAUCUUUUGACCCUCAUUCCAUCCACUUCGAUUCCUGCACCUGCUGCUGCUGCUGCCACUGCAGAUCCUCAGCCUGCUUCUGCCACUGAUGAGGACUCGGAUGACUCUGUGGAUUCUGGUGGCUCUUUGAUCUUUUAG